AUGGUCGACACACUGGCUCGCCACGUUCUGCUCGAUGUGGACCAGGCAGUGACGGCGUUCGACGAGUUGCUGGCGGCCACGCCGACCGCCACCGAUCAGCGGUCGAUCCUGUCCGCGGUGGUGCACAAGCUGUGCGAGGAAGAGCUUGGCCACGUCGUGGAGAUUGUGCGGUUCCUGCGACGCUACCAGCAGCAGCAGGGCAGUGACCAGGGGCUAACGGUGGAAGUGCGAUGGCAGGUGCUACUGACCGGAACGGAGGAGCUGCUCCACUACCUCGACGGGCUCGUACCGUGCGUGCCGCGUACGGGCUGCACGUUGCUGCUGUACGGAGCGCUGGAAGAACUUCUGGCGUCGGGACCGUUGCCGGCCGGCGGUCCCGACCUGGAAGUCACCGUGCAGCGGGCCGGCAAUCUGAAGCACUCGCUAGAGUACAUCGUGCGCGACGUAGCGUCGGCGAUCGCCCAACCCUUGCCGGAUGAUGACGCCGGCCGUCUGGGGUCGCUUUUUGAGCACAUCUCGUACGAUCUGCUGCGGCGCACGGUGGACGAAGCUUACGCGGAUGCGCCCGGCGGACUGGCACACAUCUGUGACUUUGUGGAGCAUCUGCCGUGCAUCGACCAGCAGAUCGUCGCCUGCCAGGUGCUGUACCGACGGAUGAACAUGGACUCGGCUCGGCUGCGGACCGGGGCCACGGUGCUGGCGUAUCGGAUACGCGCGGUUAUGCGCUACACGGACUUUGGCCGCUCGAAGUACGCGGGCGAGAUGCGCAAGCUGAAACUCCGGCUCCCGGAGGGUGUGUACGCGAUCGUGUGGGGCUACGUGAAUAUUGCCGGCACACAGUUCCUGGCACCGAAGGGCCGGUACGAGCAGCUGGCUGGGACGGAGCGCUGCAAGCCGGCCGCCUGGAUCGAAACGUGCGGCAAGGCGGCCAAACACGAGCUGCAGACGGACGACCGGGGCAAGUGUUUCGCGAUCAAAAACGUCCACACGACGCUCUUUCUUACGGAAGCCGCCGAUCCUGCGGGCCUCUGCUACGUCGAGACGACACCGGAUCGGUGGUCGGUCGAGGUCAUCAAGCGAGGCGAGGACGUGUGCUACAAAAUCACCAACCUGCGCACCGGGAAUGCGCUCGUACCCGAAGGGGACACUCGCGUCGGCAUCGACGACCAGCUCGAUGGGUUCAAUCUGGUGGACUUUAACGAACAGGCCCUCGUGAUGGUGCAAAAGUUUGAGCUGCACCGGAAGAAAGCCGCCUGCACGGUGCAGUGA